CUCUGACCCUUCUUCCACGCGCAGAUUCCAGCGGGAUGGUGAAGCUGUGGCACGUGUCUUCCCGCACCUGCGUGCGCACCAUGAAGGAGGACCGCCAGACAAUGAUUGCUUCCUUCAACCCCUCUGGGUCCAAGUUCAUCACAGGUGGAGCAGGACCUGGGAUUUAUAUGUACGAUACUCAGACAUGGGAUAAUUUGGGAAUUUUUCAAUCCAGCGAUAACCCAAACACGAUGGACGGGCACUGGUCACGAGUUUAUGCCCUGACUUUCUUCCCAGAUAAUGAUGAGCGUUUUCUCUCUGGAGGAUGGGACAACACAGUACAGUUUUGGAGCGUACAACUACCACAUUCCCAACGGUAUGACUGUACCACCUUUCUCUCCAUUCCCUCUUUGCUUUGCCUCCCCCCCCAUUCUCUUCCCCUUUUUGUUCUUUCCACCCGCCUUCUGUUCCUCUUAGCCUUAGUCAUUUUCCCUGCCCCCACACCUACCGGCUUUUUAUUUCCUUUUACCUCCUUCCUACGCUUGCCUCACAGGCGUCUCUCUGGGCCCCACAUCUGUGGCGAUGCGGUCUCCAUCGACAAAACUGGAACCCAGAUCCUGACAGGUUCUUGGAGGAGGAAUAACUGUUUGCAGAUCUGGGAUGCUGAAUCUGGCAACAAGAUCAUGGACAUUCCAGAUGACUUCCGGGGCCAAUCACAGAUUUAUACCUGCCACUUCCUUGGCAAUGACCACAUUGUAGCUGGAGGCAGUCGGAGCAACUUGUGUCGGCUCAUCGACAGGAGAAUCCUCAUGAGCACGGGAAUACUGAAUGACUUGCCCGGGGGUGUCUACAGUACCCACUCCAGCGUCCGCGGGGUCCUUGGCGUCACCACCACCACCAUCAUUUAUCUCACGCAGAGUCCAGUUCGACCAUGAGCCCUCCACUCAGUUACCUCAGAUGCCGCCAACCUCUUCUAAUCAUGCUUCUAAGGAUUCUUACCAGCCCAGCGGUGGUUUUCAAGCAACCUCAGUACCUGUCAAAAGCUUCCCAUCAUGCUUUGCUGCUUAAGGCCAUUGCUGGUUUACCUGCUGUCCUCCCAUAAUGCUCUGCUUUCCACAGACACUUUCAUAUCAUGGUUUGCCACUACAGACUCAAACGUGGCCAAUCCCAGCAUGCUCUGCUGACCUUCUCAUCAUGUUCUUCUGCUUCCAGGACAUGGCGUAAUGCCUGUAGCCUUCCCAUCAAGCUUUGCUUUCACAUUGGGAUUUGUUGGCAACAGCUACGGCUGUUUCAGCAUUCUGCCUUUCCAUGAACAGUGUCUUCGAAUCAUUGCUGCAGGGAACUGUGGCCAACUUCAUCAUUCCCUUAGUGGUCACAUGCCUCCACUUCCCAUCAUCCUCUGCUGCAGAUAGAGCCAGCCCCAUCACGUCAUGGCUGCCGACUUCCAUCUUCACUGGCCGUUACUUCCCCUAUUGUGAAUAAUCAUCACACGAAUGACCAGUUCUGUCUGAAGCCAGACUUGCUUUCCGGUCAACUGUCUGGAAGACACUCAUUGGUAUUUCUUCACAAAUUUGCCAUCCCUGUCCAUGUUAAGGGGACAAUACUUUUCUGUCUCUCUCUCUCUCUCUUUCCCCCUCCAUACCAGCUUGGCUGCCCUGAUAACCUGUCAUGGCGCCAAAUUAAACCAUCUUGGCUGGACCUUCGUGUGUA